AUGUCGAGUUAUGUGAAAUUCAUGAAGGACCUGGUUACAAAGAAGAGGACAAUCACUUUCGAGCCAGUUGAUAACCUACACCAUUAUAGUGUUAUUGCUACAAGGCCGUUGGUUAAGAAGAAAGAGGAUUCAGGCGUGUUCACCAUUCCGUUCACAGUUGGUGCAUUCAAUUUUGUAAGGUCUUUGUGCGACUUGAGAGCUAGUAUAAAUCUCAUGCCACUAGUGAUCUAUAAACAGUUGGGCUUGAGAGCUCCCAAAUCAACUACAAUGAGGUUGUUAAUGGCUAAUCGAUCAGUGAAGAGGCCCGUGAAAAUUCUAUGUGAUGUGCUGGUGAGAAUUGACCAUUUUAUAUUCCCUGUUGAUUUUGUCAUCUCGGACUGCGAGGUAGACUUUGAAGUUACAAUAAUUUUGGGAAGGCCAUUUUUGGCCACAUGCAGAGCUUUGGCAGUUAUGGAAAGUGACGAGCUCACCUUCAGGCUAAACAAUGAAGAAUUUUAG